AAGGAGGGACUUCUGAAAGGGAUAAAAUGCAAAUACACGAGGCAGUUUUACCUGAGUUUGGUGGCCUGUCUUUCAAUGAAAAUCCUACUGGAUGGGGUCCUGUUGAUAUUCCAGACGAAUUCAAAAACAUGCCUUAUCAACCAUUCUCAAAAGACAUGCGUCUAGGCAGAGUGGCUGACUGGUCGGGUAAUAUAUUUCAAGAUAUGAAAACAAAAGGUUUGUGAUAACGUUGUCAUGUAUAAAAUUUCAGGCCGCUAUGUUUCUCAGUUUGUCGGAUCACAGUACGCUUACUAUCAUGAUGAAGACGACAGUAAUUUCCAAUUGGUUUCUUCUGUCCGUGACACUAAGACUCCUGCGAUUCGACAAAGAUAUCGAUUUCCAAUGGCAAGUUAUGCAUUUAUAACUGGUUUGCAUUCUCUCCUAAUGAGUCGUGUAAAUAGAAAUUUCCUCAAUUAUGUAAGCUUGAAAUAUUACUAAGGAAUUUACUCAGCUGAACCGCAAGAAAUCAUGUAGUGCCGACAUAAACUUCACAUGAAUUCCUCCAAGUAGGUUUCGAUAGUCAACCCUCUUGGGCGCUCUAGUGGUCUGUAGUUGAUCCUGUGAUAAACUUCUGUUGGCUUUUAUAUUCAGUAGUUUCAAGAGAGGAUUCCUGUAUGAUAGGAUUUAUUUGAUUGCUCAAAUGAGAAGUGUCACCAUAGAGUUUGGGUCAGUAACUAAGACAUCCGUUAUUUCACCGAAAAAAUGUACAAAAGAAUAUAAAAUACGCGGUUGUACUUCUAUCGUACGAUACUUGUUUUGAGAUAACUCAUAAGAUAUAUUUGGUUCCAGUGAGUAUAUUCAUUUAGUUGGACGUAACGUGCCCUGAUUUGAGGUUUUAGACUAUCCAGCAGGUCUCGAAAGCAUCCAAUGUUGGUCGUUCGUGACAGUUUGAACAGACACUUCCAUGCUAUUUCCUAAGUUGAUUCUGUCUUUCUAACAAUCCUCCGAUCGGCUCAUCAUUUUCAACAUGUUUUAUUCAAGGGACAUUUCAGUGGGGCAGACCAGUAGACAGUAUUAAAUUACUCGACUUAUCGGAAUACGCCAAUAUAACUGCCUUUGAGGGCCAAGUAUUCAUGAGGAGUAUGUCGACAUGUGCAAAAACCUCCAUUUGCAUACUCAAGUGCUUUCGAAUAGUUUCACGUUAUCAGUUCCAUUUUCAGAAGAGCAAUGAAGGUUUGAUCAAAAAUUACCGAGUGGGUAACGUAAGUAAUUAGGUGACUUGAAGCAAUGAAUCAUGAGUUCUUUUAGUGAUAAAAUCAACAUGUUCCAUGGAGUGCAGUUUUCUGUCAUGUGAAGCUUAUGAUGUGCGUGGUCGUCGUGGUGUGGGUGGUCCAGGCACAGGUUACCCCUGGGCAGGUGGAGGUCGAGCCGGAUAUCAAAUGCUGGGAGCCCAGGGUAAUGUGAUGAGCCGCAAGCUGCGUAAUGCAUCGGAUAGGGAACGGAUGAUUUUGCAACAGAAUAGACGGUGGCAGCACUGGGGUCCUGGUGGUAUGGGUCAGCGACGUGGUGGGGCUCAAGGAUGGAGAGGCAAUGCAGGAGGUUGGGGUUCCAAUGCCGAUCGCAGACAAGCCCACAGGGCAGUACGUGAUGCAUCCAUUCAGAUUAAAGAAAGUUGGACAAUGUUGGAAGAGUUAGAUUUUACUAGACUCUCAAAGUUGGCGUUGCCAAAUGUCAAGGAACCCGAAGAUAAAGUUGAUUGUGGAGAAAUGGAAUACUAUGACAAAUCCUACGAUCGUGUCAGUACUCGGAAUGAACGUCCUUUAAUUCGAGUGAAUCGGGUUCUUCACACUGUUACAACUUCCAGAGACCCAGUUAUCUGCCGAUUAGCUGGUGGAAAUGUGGCAAAAGUCUUUUUCACGGACACUAUCGCUUCUAUGAUUAUGUGUUGCACUCGUUCUGUAUACCCUUGGGAUAUAAUUGUACAACGUAUACAAAACAUUUUGUUCUUCGAUAAACGUGAAGAUGCUGAAUUCGAUUUUGAUCAUGUCUGUGAAACUGCAGCAGAGCCACCAAAUGAAGAACCUGGUCAUAUUAACUCACCACAACGUUUAGCGUUGGAAGCCACCUUUAUAAAUACUAAUUUAUGUCAACAAAUGUUAUCAAGGGGUGGCAAAACUUAUCGUUUCCCUGAAGAGAAUCCUUUCAAAGAUAACAACGAUGAGAAAGGCGACGAAGAUGAUGAUGAUGAGGAUUCAGAGAAUCCGAAAGACUCACAAGUUAAAAGUCGAGAAUGUGAAGGAAAGACAGAUUUGUCAUCUGUAGGCUAUCGAUAUCGUUUAUUCGAUUUGGGUAAUGGUAUUCAAGCUGUUAUUCGUUGUGAAUUGACUGGUGUACUUCCGCCAACUGGUGAGGAUCAGACGAAUACCAAUCCACAGUUUGUAUGUAUACGUGCACUGAAUGAGUUUGACUCACGUUAUUGCGGUGGUGUUGACUGGCGUACUAAACUUGAUACUCAACGUGGAGCUGUUCUAGCCGCUGAAAUAAAGAAUAAUGCUUUUAAACUAGCCAAAUGGACUAUAUGCAGUAUGUUGGCAGGUGCAGAUCAAUUAAAAUUAGGCUUUGUUUCACGUGUUAAUCCUCGUGAUUCUGCUCGUCAUGUCAUACUUGGAACUCAACAGUUUAAACCAUCAGAGUUUGCUAGUCAAUUGAAUUUAAAUAUGGAUAAUGCAUGGGGUAUACUAAGAUGUGUUAUUGACUUCUUCAUGAAAAUGCCUGAUGGCAAAUAUCUUAUGCUAAAAGAUCCGAAUAAGCCGGUAAUUCGCAUCUACUCAUUACCGAAAAAUGCACUCGAUUCAGAUGAUGGUGAUGGGUUAAGUGAAGAAGAAGAAGAAGAAGAAGAAGCAGCUAAUGGUGAACAAUAUGCUCCUAAUGAGAAUAAAACAGAAGAGAUUAGUGACGUGGAAAAAGGAGCUGAAGAAGUAACCACAACAGAUCAAGAAGGUCCUGAUGGGCAUGCAAGAAAAUCAGAAACUACUGAUCAUCAACCGAAGGCAACUGGCGAAGAGGUAUCUUCAUGAAAUGUGCACACGAGUCUUACACUUCCUGAGUAAUAUUGUUAUCAAUUGUGAAAAAUGUUUCUAGGUGCAUCACAAUAUUACUGUAGUGUUUUCUGUGCCGAAUUUGAAAAUUUUUUAUUUUUCAAACCUCUGUUUAAAGUUGGCUAACUAUACUUUUCCACAGUCUCAUUUUAUGACCAUAAGUCUUAUAUUAUAUAUUCUGGUAAAUGGCUUUGGUUUCUUAUGAAUUUUCAAUAUUAUUUUUGAGGG